AUGGCACCGCUAUCACCUGUAAGCCAAGAUGUACCGAUAAUGAGGCUUGCCGUUGCUCUUGCAGUACUGUCAACACUGAACGGAGCCUGGAUGUUGAACUGUUAUCACUGCGUUUCUCAACUGCCUUUAGAAGGAAUAGAAAAAGACGCUCGCCUCGCUUUUAAAGCUCUGAUGUUUCAAAGGUACAAUAUACCGCCGUCGCAUGAAUACUGUGAUGAUGCUAGUACCUACGAUUUUUACUACGCCGAGACACAAACCUGUGACGUUACCGACAGCUGCGUCAAAGUGUCCAUUAUCCAAGGCGGGGUUGGAGGUGCCACAUUUCAACUUCAUGACCACAUGGGAUCGAAUCCUGCUCAGACUCAUCGAAGCCUUUGCACCAUCGGAUCGGAUUAUUUGGAUGAAUUACCGUGGCGAUGCAUACCUUCUGAUUCCAGUGACUGUUAA